AUGCACAUUCUUAAAUUUAUCGUUUAUCUCUCGUUAACAUGGAAAUGUUUUGCAGGUGUUUACAAAUAUCAAAGUUAUUCUCACAAUGUAGUUUGUACUGCUAAAAAAGGUCUGGUAACACCAUCAACCGACCAACAAGUGUUAGAUGUAGUAUUGACAGCUGUCAAUCAAAGUCGACAUAUUAAAGUUUUAACAUCUCAUCAUCAUAGUAUAACGGAUAUUCUAUGUACAAAUGGUAUCGCAAUAUCAUUAACAAAUUUUCAAAAUUAUAAGUUGAAUAAAAAAAAUUCCAUAGUCACUGUUGGUGCUGGAAUGGCACUUUCAACAUUUCUAGAACUGUUAGAUAAUGAUGGUUAUGCAAUAGAAAAUAUGCCCUCUUAUGGGGGUAUUACUGUAGGAGGACUAUUAGGGACAGGUGCACAUGGCUCAUCGCUAAAGCGUUCCGUGCCAGCUGAUUUAUUGGUUCGUAUAAAAGUGAUCACUGGUCAAUUACCAUUAAGAAUUCAAUAUAUUUCAAAUAAAGAUGAUCUAAAAGCAUUCAAGACUCAUUUAGGGGCAUUAGCAAUAAAAGAUAAUGAUAAAUGGAAUUUAAUAACAGAUGUAAAUGCUCGACAAAUUCUCACACAAGGUGCUAUUUUCGAACAAAUUCAAGCAACAUCAAAUAAUUCUGUACUAUGCGCAAUAGAGUCACAACUGGCAUUAUCUAGAAUAAACACUGUUUCCGAAACACAAGUACCACUAUAUACUAUGAUUAAUCCAACGGUAAUUAAUAAUAUGACUGGUUAUGGAUUAUUAAGAAAUCCGGCUACAGGUUAUUCCCAUAAUAUGUUAAAUGCAAAAUGUACAUAUUGUGCCUGGAAUACAACAUCAACACCUUUUUUCACAGCAGACUAUAGUUUUAUUAUAACGGUAGAACGACUGGGUGCAGUUACAAAAGACAUUGCUCAAAUACUUAAUGAUUAUGGUCAUUUAUGUUUUCCUCUAGGUACAUUAUUUCGAUAUUUAAAACAUUCGGAUGGUUUGUUAACAUUAUCUGGUGAUAAUGCUAAUGUCAACUAUGUUGCAUUUGAAUUUGUUCUGUUCAUUCGUAAACAUCGUAAUAUAGAUACAGAGUUUGUAUUAGCUGGUUAUGAAAAAAUUUCCCAAAUGUUAAGAAAAAAAUAUAAUGCGCGACCACAUUGGGGUAAAAAUGGUCCAGCCUUUUUUACGCAAGGGGUUCAUUCCGGUUUAAAGAAAUUUUAUGAGAAAAAACAGAAGUAUGAUCCAAAAGGUCUGUUUGAUAAUAAUCUUCUUCGACGACUAUUCAAGUCCAACAUUCCAUUUCCGUACUAUAGAAAACAUUGUGCUCUUGAAAGUAACUGCAUUUGUCAAAAGGAUGUUCAUUGUGCGACAGGACAAAAAUGUGAUAAAUCUGGUGGAUAUCAUUUAUGCAUUGAUACAACGAUUACUUGAUCUUAUAGAGAUGAUCAUUUAUGUGUUUACGAACAGACAGAAAGCUAGCUAUCUUAACGCAAAAUAUUUUCUUAGAACUCUUUUUGGAAGAAAUUUAUUUCCAAAGCUUACUGGUGAUUUUGAAACUGAAUUUCAUAAAAUAAAAAGUGAAUUUGUUUUGAAACUUCAAUAAUUUCUAUUUGAAAAUAUAUAAGAAUAACCAUGUCUGCUAAUAUUUGAUAGUAGAAGAACUGAUAUCAAGAGAAUAGAUGCUGACUGUUCAGUUUAAGCGUAUGAUCAAAUAUCUAUUUAGUAUUUUAAUCUUAUUUUUCUGUCGUGGAAUAGAUCUCUCCUCGUGACACGUGAGCGUACAGGAUACCGGUCAAGAUCCGUGAUAUUGUACUGUAUGAGUGAAAAUUUCGAAAAACUAAACUUGAAUGAGAUCUUUUUCGCGUUAUUAGGUUAUACAAUGCUAACAUUAUCCGACUGUCAGUCUCUUUGUUCUCUUAAAAUUCACCUUUUUCUUUAACAUAGCUACUAUCCGUUCCAAAAAGCGGGGCCGGUCAUUAUUUUUUGAAUAACUCGAAGGGAACACAAGAUCAAGACUCGCGAUUUUCGCCGUUCGAUGACCAAGACUUGAAGUUAUCUUUCCAUAAGCAAAAACGGAUUUCUGAAAAAUUUUCGAAGCCGAUUUUCCAGAGGAUCUUUGGAAAACCAGUCCGGUUCUCUGAAAACUGACAUAGAAACGUAUGAGUUUUUUUCAUAGAUAUAUAGUCUAAAGUGUCCUCUACAAACUGAAUCUAAGCGACAUCUUGAAAAUCCAUGGUUCGGGAACUAUGGACGUUUUUCCUGAAGCCUUAGCACUCCUCUGCCGUUAGGUUUGGGACUAUCAAAAAUGAAUGAAAACAUAGGUUAUCGACUAUGCUGAAUCUCGUGG